CACCAGGUGUGUUGUUUACGUUACGUUCAAAUAUGGAGUGUUAAUAUGUAAAUACCCAUAUUCAUUAGAAUAAAAAUAUUUAAAUGAGAAAACAAUCAAACGCAGACUGUAAGGGUGAGCUGCUGUGUGAUCUGCGCAUGCGCAGAAGCUUUCUGCUGAACCCGGAAGUGAAGUCUGUGUUGUGUUCUGUGUUGCGGAGGGAGUUUUGAAAAACGGUUUUAAUUUUCUUUACACUAGACUUCAUCUUUACUAACCCGAAUUUAAUAUCACAGCACAGUGUUUAUUCACUGGAGGUUUAUUCAAAAACAGAUAAUUUUUUUUCCUCAUUAAUGUUGACUGAGGCAAGCUUACAAAGUGUGUGUGUGUCAGGUGACAAACAUGGACAGUGCACUGAUGCAAAUGAGCCCACCCCCGCUCCCUCGAAGCCCUGCCCCUGCCCCACCCCAGUGUCCUGAACUGGACUUGUCCCUCACUCUGACCCCAGAGAGACCGGGACACUCAGCGGUAGCUCUGAACAGAGGAAACAUGCGGACACGCCCACGGCAGGUGCGUUUCGCUGUGAGUCCUGACUCCUCCUCUGACCAGCCUCCUGUUACCAUGGCGAUUACACAGCACUACAGUAACCAAUCAGCAGCUGAGAAACGACACAGGAAAGGAAAACAAGUGCUGUACUGUAUAAAAGGUCCACACACAGGGGAACAAGGGGGCAUGUCUGCUCAGAGUGAUGGACAGGUGACAGAAGGGGUGUGGCUAAACACUACACUAGCCCUGAAGUCGGAGCUGCUGCAGCUGGAGGAGGCGGAGUUUAACUCCAAGAAGGCCGUGCAGGAGAGACUGCAGAACUCAACUACUGUACAAGAGUGUGUCAGAACCCGAGUGGCUGAGGGUCUGAACUUUCCACGCUCUCACCAUCUCUAUCGUGCUCUCGUCAGCGUCAGUCUGUCACAUGAUGAACUCAUUGCUGAGGCCUUGCGUGACAGGCCAGCUUUAGCCCUGCCCACAGCCAGCCACCACACAAAGUCCCACUCUCCUCCAGCAGAGGGCCCUGACCUGCUUUUCUUCUACGAACCUCACUGUGUUGUCAGGGAGACGCCCCUGUUGCCAGGCAACCGCAUCCCUUUACCCCAUCUACGCCCGGCCCCCAGACCUGCUCACACAACCUUUCACCUACUUCAGAGACAUCGGCAGUGGGAGGCAUGAGCUCAGCUAACGUCACUUCCUGUGGGCGGAGUCUAAUUUAUGUACUGUGUGUGUUAAGUGUACAGUGUGUAUAACUUCAGUAAUUAAUAAAUGCUUAUGUGGA